GCCCUGCCCGGCCAUGGACUACGCGGGGCUCGCCGAGUCGGCGGCCGACAAGAUGGGGCUGUACCGGCGGGACGCGGACGGCUGGCGGAGCUGCCGCCGCACGAACGAGGUCGCGGUGUCCUGGAGGCCGUCCGCCGAGUUCGCCGGCAACGUGUACCGCGCCGAAGGCACCGUGCCCGCCCGCCCGCAGCAGGUCUGGGAGUGCAUCAAGCCGGUGGCCGGAGGGCUCAGGACCAAGUGGGACCAGAACGUGAAGGACUUCGAGGUGGUGGAGGCCGUCAGCGAUGCUGUCUCUGUAUGCAGAACCACGACCCCUUCAGCUUUCAUGAAGAUUAUUUCACCAAGAGAAUUUGUGGAUGUGAUCUUAAUGAGGCAAUAUGAGGAUGGGACGAUGCUAUCUGCUGCUACCAAUGUGGAACACCCGCUGUGUCCCCCUCAAGCAAAUUUUGUGAGAGGGUAUAAUUAUCCCUGUGGCUGCUUCUGCAUACCUCUUCCAGGGGAACCAGACAGGACUCAGCUCCUCAGUUUCUUUCAGACCGAUCUUGGUGGCUAUCUUCCCCAGACAGUCGUGGAUUCCUUCUUUCCAGCUAGCAUAGCUGGGUUUUACAGCAAUCUUACCAAAGCUGUUAAGGCAUUAAAAGCAUGAUGAGACCAAAUGCUGACAUCAACAGCUGAGGGGAACCUUGAAGCGCCGUUUGGACCUCCAGCAUCUCUCAGAAUUCAGUGCAGCAAGGCAGCAAAUAGCCUUCCUUUUAAUUGGAACUCCCCACUAAGUGGGGAUAUAAUGAUUUGGUGAGGGCACUCAUUCUUGACUUCGUCUGUGGUUGGUCCUUGUUUCCUAUUCAGUUUGCUGCUUUCUGUGCUUAAGGAAGGAUAACAAAUUAAAUGUGGAGAGAUGUGGGCCCUGAUGUUACAGUGGUUCAUACAUUCCUAAAUGUGCUACAGGUUUUAGUCAGGCCUCAGGUUAAUUAUAUCUGGGCAAGUCUUUGCAAGAUUAUGGUUAAUUUAAUUAGCAGAAGGUUCAGUGAGUGGAGCUCAAGUCACCACUUGCUGUUCCUGCAAGUAAACCUUUUGCAGAUAGUGGGAUUUUUUUAUUAGUUCUUUUUUAUAUUUAUUAUAUUUUUAUACUACUCUGAACAACAAAGGUGGUGGUUGAGGCUUGUCAUUAAAACAGGGUUCUUUUUCUGAGUGCUUAGUGUGUUCUAUCCAGAAGCAAUUAAGAGCACUUAACAUUCAUCCUUCUGCCAUGCCAAAUCAGAGAUGCAAAUGUCUUAGCAAAGCUCAUCCUGUAAGAUCUUGGAGUGCCUCCCAGUAAGAUGUGCUGCUUCUGCCAGUGUGUUUGCAUUUCUUUUGAUCCUGACAGAUGACAGGAAAUAGAGGAAAUUGGAAAAACACUGAACGUGAGAUAAGAAGAGCGCCGUACGAAGAGGGGGGAAAAAAGAUGUCCAACUGACCAUGGUGGUUCUGUGCCAGUUUUUAAAUUGUUUUGGGUGAGGACACCUUUGGCAAAUGACACUGAGGUAAUCUGAGGCAUUCUGUGCUCGUGGAACUCUAUACAGCAUAUGGAGAGUGGUGCCAGAAUACAGGCCGCAGCAUUUGCAGCAUGGUUUUGUGUCCAAAUUAGUGUUUCCAGAGUAAAAGUUUGAACUCAGAAGGCUGAAUUUCCAAACACUGGCAUUUUUUCCUUAUAAAAAUAAUACAAAGGUAUUUAAAAAUAACAUGCAUUCUUAUUUCUAGGUGGCCUUGCUGUUCUAUUCUGGUCCUGUGAGAUCUCUGACCAAAGGAAGGUCGGAAGAACCUUCAUUCUAUUACCCUCAGCUUCCUGACUCACCCUUGCAAGACCAUGAGAUGCUCCCUUUAUUUUUUUUGUCCCUAGUAUUUGCAUGCUGGAGUCAACAUGGCUCUUUCAAUUGCUAAUAGAAAGCUAUCCUGGUCAGCUUUAGGCUGUUCUGCAGUUUGAAUAGAAAAGUUGGAGUUUUUCAGGGCAUGUUGUGUUUUUGAAAUACUAAGUUGCAUCCUACUUCCUCCAUGUUUUACAGAUCCUGUGUUACUGUCUUUAGUUGUAGGUGCGUACAUUCCCUCCUCUUGGGAACAAAAAGCAGAAAGCAAAACCAGUAAAGCAGAAGCGAAUGCUUUGUUGCAGAAUGUGCUCUCAGUCUUUAAGAGAAUGGCUUAAAAUAAAAGUACUAUCACUUCAA